GUGAAAGGGUUACAUUUGAUUGAUAGCUACUCUAAGGACUGUUUUUUUUAACAUCGGGUUUUUGUGAAAUACAGCAAGGAAUCUACAGUGUGUACAUAAAAAGAGCUCUCCUUCAUUACAAGGAUCAUCAGAAGGGUGGACAUUGGAGUGGAGCACUGCAGUAAUGCCAGGAUGGAAAACACAAGUUUUGAGCAGGGUAACUCCAGUGACAUCCAUCCAUCUGUACAGCUGUUCCAAUUAGUUUUGUACAUCCCAACAUUUAUCUUUGGUUUCAUCUUUAACAUGUUAGCCUUAUGGAUACUGUUCUUCAGGAUUAAGAAAUGGAUAGAAGCAACAACCUAUAUGACAGCUCUGAUCAUCUUUGACUCCUUGCUGUUAGUCAUGCUGCCAUUUAAAAUAAAAGCAUAUAGGAUGGGGCAGAGCUGGAGCCUUGGAUUUGGUGUGUGCACAUUCCUGGAGAGUCUCUACUUUGUCAAUAUGUAUGGUAGCAUUUUGAUAUCAGUUAGUAUCUGUAUGGAUCGUUACAUAGCUGUACAAUUUCCCUUUCAGUCCAAGCGCUUCAGAUCCCCUAAGAAAGCAACUAUUGUCUGUGCUUUUCUCUGCAUUUUUGUAUGGGGAACAUCAAUUGGUUUUCUUGCUAAUUUAAGAGAUGCCAAAGAUUCACAUUGUUUCUAUGGGUUUUCAAUUCGCACUUGGAGUAACAGGACCAUGGUCACUUUACUGGAGGCAGUGUUUCUCAUUUGCGCUGUCCUACUAAUUGUCUGUACAACUCAUAUCAUUAUCACAAUUAAAAAGAAAAGACAAGCUAGCUUGCACAAUGCAAAGGCAGUCAAGGUUCUCAUAGCGAAUCUGAUCACUUUCAUGCUCUCAUUUGCACCUUUUCAUGUGUCUUUAUUAUUGUACUAUCUAGCGAAAAAUUAUAUUAUCUUAGAAAAAUACAAAGGGCAAUUGCGAAUAUUCCUCCAGUUGAGCCUCUCUUUUUCUAACAUCAAUUGUUUUCUGGAUGGUGUAUGCUAUUAUUGUAUUCUCAGAGAGUUUGAGAAAUCCAUCAAGAAAUUACCAAUGACUAGCUGAGCAAGGACUUGGAAAUGAACAAUCCAUUAAACUGUUCACUAUUUUCAACAAAAGAAAUAGCUAAAGUACAAAUA